AUGCCAGCUGAUUUCAAAGAGAAAUUCCCCUCAACAAGAAUUGUAAUAGACUGCACUGAGGUUUUUUGUGAGAUGCCUAGUAGUCUGCUUCUGAACUCUGAGCUUUUCAGCUCAUAUAAGAACCAUGUGACACUAAAGGGGCUUGUUGGAAUUUCCCCAAGUGGGGCCAUCACCUUCAUGAGCCAGCUUUACACUGGGAGUAUUUCUGAUCGGGAAAUUGUGCUGCGAAGUGGUUUACUGUCCCAAGCAUUUGAUGAUGGGGAUUCAGUGAUGGCCGACAAAGGUUUUCAAAUUCAAGACAUUUUACCCCUGGGUGUAAGUUUAAACAUCCCACCCUUUCUUGGAGGCAACAGUCAGAUGUCAGCAGAGGAUGUGGUCAGAACUCAACAAAUUGCCAGUGUGAGAAUUCAUGUGGAAAGGGCAAUUAACAAAAUUAAAAACUUUCGGAUCUGGGAAGGAGUUGUACCUUUGAGUUUAUUCGGAGUUGUAAAUCAGAUGUGGACUGUAUGCGCAUUCCUCUGCAAUACUCAGGAUCCACUUAUAUCAGGAUAA